AGUGGUAGGAGUUGAUAGAUUAUCGGCUAAAAACCACCUAUGAACAAGUCCCACCCAAAAGGGGCAGGUGCAGCGAGAAACACGGUUAUUUGAUAUGUCGAGUCUGUUGAGUGGCUCACCUCGGAGUUCCUAGAUAUAUAAAGCUUCCUCUUUGUUCUUUUCAUUUAUUCCACUCUUUGCAACAUCGUUCUACCACGUUCUAACGACCAACCCACUGCGGAUACAACAUUUCCUCAACUAUGUCUGACAGCAAUGAAAACAGUAAUGAUGUCCAGGGUCCAUCCACCCCCUCAAACGGACAAGAUGGUGGAAAUGGACAAGACGGUGAGAUGGACUACAACCACCGGCGUCAGGGCACGAUGAGCAGUGACUCUAAUGCUACCAGCGACCAAAGGAGAGAUGCUUUCCUUCAAAAUUUUUAAGGUGCACAAAGGCGAUAAAAGCACCGACGAACUACCUGCUUUCCGAAUUUCAAAGGGAGCACUUCUUGAAGGUACCCUGAAGAGUUUUCGGGAUGAAAUAGUGAAACAAAACAAACUUCAUGAGAAUUACUCUCGGCGGCGUUUUUGCACCAAAAGCGGUGCCGAAGUACCCGAUGAAAAGAAGUUAGAAGAAUACGUUGGAACGAAGCCAGAUGAAAAUGGCGAUUUCAUAAUUUACAUCCAGAGUCGUUUCAAGAAGCCAGGUGGUCCUCUUACCGACGAGGCUAGAGAAGGUCGCGACUUGGAUCUCGGCCUUGAUAAGCCCAGUGAUCCCAGGGAUCUUCCAAAGAAUGAACUCUCCCGAGUCAAACCCGAGUUCAAGCCCGAUGACUGGAAGGCUACCGCUGGAAAAGCGCCGGUUAUUAACCCGGCAGAUAUGGAUGAGAAGCAUUGGGGCAUUGUCAUGCGCAACAACGGUGUUCUGUGUGGGCUACACCCUCAGGGCGAAAUCGCCAAGGAGAUCACACUACCCUCCGGAAAGACUGUCACCAUUCCUUCGAUUACCGUGCCAACUCCCGCCAGAAAAGCCUACUGUCCCGCCUUUGCUAUCAAACCGAGGGCUAUAGCGCCCCAUGACAUCACAUUUGAAGACAAGGACAAAGAGAAGGUGUCUGAUGACAAAACGAAGUUGUUUCGUAUUCCGAGGUUCCGGAUCACCGACAAAACAAGCGUCGAAGUCUUCGAGACCCGCAACUCCUUGGAGAAGUCGUUGGCUGAAAGUGGAUUUACUCAGCACUCGGUGAAGGGCGGCGUAGGUGGCACGAUAGGCCCUGUAUCAGGAGGCUUCAGUGGCGGCUAUAAUUCUCGCACCGAUAACAUCAACGCCGAUGCUUUUUCUGUCGAGAGAAAGUACAUGCAUAUCAGUUUCAAUUACCCCAGGGUUCAAUUUCAUUUAGAUGAAAGCCAGCUUGAACUGACCACAGAAUGUCAGACUGCUCUCAAAGAGCUGAGAGAAAAUCCGACAAUGGAUCAAUUGGGCAAGUUUUACAAGCAGUUUGGGGAAUUGUUUGAGCCUGAAGUCCAUCUAGGUGGUCGACUAUUUUCUACUGAGGAGUUUGACGGAGUUGCAGGAUCGACAGUCGGACAAAAGAUCACCAAUCUCAAGAUUGCAGCCGGCGCCUCUUUUGCAGGUGGAGGGUUCUCGGCGAAAGUCAGCGGCAAAUAUGAGGAAGCAAAUAAUAAAAAGGAGGACAGCAAAUCGGCCACAAUGACCCAGUCAAUUAGCUGGUGUGCUGACGGAGGCGACACCACGCUUUGCAAUAAGUAUGUCCGCUCGACGUUCUACGACACUUGUUACCUUCGGGAAUUGACAUCUGUGUUCUAGCGCUCCCGCGUGGUGCCCUACUGUUGCUUCAUUUUACAACUGGCGUGUGAUGCAGGUGAGAGCAGACCCAGUCAUCUACUCCCCCCAAGACUAACAUUUCCACAGAAAACCAAGCUCGUCAAACUCGUGGACCACAUUGGGUUGCUUCCCACGUACAACGAUAUCCCGUGUCUCACUCGAAAUAUAGAGUGUCUUGCCGCUGCUGAAAAGGACUGUCUUUCGUUUUCCAGCGAGAAUUUUGUCAAUUUUGCUCGUGCCCCAUCACCGGAAUAUCGUGUCUCUGAUGUAUCAUUCAAGAUACCUAUUGCGGAACCCAGCACUCUCUUCUACGAUAAAGAUGAUGAGAAAACAAAGAUCAAGAU